AUGAAGGUCAAGUGCUCCGGCUCUCAGCCAUGCACAAGAUGCGAUCGUAAGCAUGUAACAUGUCAAUUUCCUGCCACGGACAAACGAGUCUCGGUCCCAGAGAGCUAUCUCCGCGCCUUGGAAGGCCGCCAGGACGGCAGUGCCUCAGACCCCUUCUUGGAGAAUGAGACAUGGUCAAGCCGUCAACUUCGUUCCAGAGACUCGAAUGUUGGGGCCCGGGCUGUCGGUGCUGGCGAGGGCUCAAUGACAUCCGGCCGAGGUGAGAUGGUAGACCCAGUCUUGACGCCGGGGACGUCCCAGGAACAUCAAUCCGAACACGCCCAUGCAGGGAGUGUUAUUGAGUCGGCCCUUAGCAGAGUGGAGCCGGCCUUUCAGCAGAAUCCUCUCGUAGAUAAUGACUACACCUUUGCAUUUGCACAAGAAAAUGGGAAAUAUUGGUACAUGGGCCCGUCGUCAUCUUGGGCCUUCUGUCGUCGUGUACUCUCACUCGUCGGGAAGCAUCUUCCUGAUGCCGGCUGCGAACCAGCCCCGUGGCAUCUUGACGGAGUCGCUUUUAAGAUGCAAAGACGACCCCUCGGCUUUGAUGAAGCCCCUGAUGUUUCAAAUCUACCACCUUCAGAUUAUGCCCUUUUCUUGGUCAAAACAGCCACCUUUUAUCUGGGUCCACUGGCCAACAUCAUUGAUGAGCAAUCUUUCCUCCGCAACAUGAAAGAGUUGUACCAGGAUGCGCCCACCAAAGCGAAGAGAUGUAGGCACUGGUACGCCCAAUUCUUGCUCAUGUUGGCAUUUGGAAAGGCCUUCUUGGGUAACGGAGGCAAGAGUGAUAAGCCACCCGGUUAUAAUUAUGCGGCUCGAGCCAUGUCACUACUUCCAGAUCUGGCGGCAAUUGACAAUGAUCCUGUAGUCGCAGCUCAGGCGUUAACUUUGGCGGCCAUUUACUUUCAAUCCGUCGAUAUGAGGGUGCCUGCUUUCCAGCAUAUUGGACAGGCUCUACGUAUAUGUGUUCUUGCUGGGAUGCAUCGACACAUGCGAGAGGACGUUGUUGGCGUCGAACUGUCCAGACGAUGCCAUAUCGUAUUUUGGAUCGUCUACAUGUUGGACCUCGACUGGGCGGCACUCAUUGGGGCAACGAGUUCUAUUCGAGACGAAGACAUCACCACGAAGCUUCCAUCUGAGACGGAUGACUCUCUCAAUGCAUUGACUAUGACUCUUCAUGUUCGACUCUCCCGCUUGACAACUCGAGUCUUGACAACCGUCUAUGGUGUAGGAAAGAAUUACGAUGGCACACUCAUCACAGAUACUCAGUCGAUUUUGAGGAAUCUUGCGGAAUUAUCUAGAGAUUUGAAUGCUCUAAUCAGCACGUACUUUCAAGACUCCAUCAGCAAAGCUUCACGCACUGCGACCCGUUUAAUCCUGGGCUAUCACCACUGUGUGGUUCUUACAACCAGACCGCAAAUCAUGUGCGCACUGCACAUGCAUAUUGAGCAGGCUACAACACAAGUCUCUCGGGGAAUCAAUCUUUCGCCGCCUGUCGCGUCACUUAUACAGUCAUGCGUUGACUCAGCUCAGACGGUUUUAAGCACUCUCCGGGCAUUAGCUGACGAAGAUCUAUUGGAAUCUUUUCUACCUUUCCAAGUCGAAUACGCAUCUUCUUCCGCCUUUCUGCUUCAUCUUAUCACCGUUAUCUGCCCCUACCUUCUCCACGACCAUACCUGGCGCGAAGAUAUCAACUACAUACUCGACACCAUGAUCUCAAAAGGCAGCUUGGUGGCGCCUCUCAGAAAGGUAGAACUAAGCCAACUAGAACAAAAGCUAUCUUCUUUCACUCCAGCUAGUGAAGUACCUGAGACACAGGAACCUUCAACCGUGGAAGAUGAGUUACAGCACCAGGUACAAGGAGAGCUAGAGCACGAGGAUCAUGCGAUUAUUGAUGAGACUGGAUGGGAUCACUUUGCAGCUAAUGCAAUGGCCGGGUUAUCACCACGGGAACUUCUUGAUCUGGCAGAACAGCUCGACGUGGAUUGCCUUUUAUAUCCUCCAGAAAUGUAG